AUGAGCCACCGGAGGCGAUCUCGCGCUGCCGGCUCGCCGCAUGGCGACGCCGGUCCGGCCCCUACGCCGGAGAAGUCGGGCCGGAUCCGGCCAUGGGCGGUGCUGGGUUGGGACCGGAGGGUGCUGUCGCUCGCGCUGGCGUUCCGCGCGGCCAACGCGCUGCUCGUGCGCACCUACUUCAACCCCGACGAGCACUGGCAGUGCCUCGAGGUCGCCCACCGCGUCGCCUUCGGGUAUGGUCACCUUACAUGGGAGUGGAAGUGGGGCCUGCGAAGUUACCUCCACCCGUUGAUCUUUGCUGCUCUCUACAAGAUCCUGGCGCUGCUCCACCUAGACACUCCAUGGGUUAUGGUGAUGGCUCCCCGUCUCUUGCAAUCUGUGUUUGCAGCUUUUGGAGAUCUCUACUUGUAUAAAUUUUCCAAACUUAUUUUCAAUGGUCAGGUUGCCCAGUGGACAUUAUUUUCCCAGUUGGUUAACUGGUUCAUGUUUUUCUGUAUCACGCGGACUCUAUCAAACAGCUUGGAGACUGUUUUGACUGUGGCUGGACUCUAUUACUGGUUUACUGCAAUAGAGUCUUCCAAGGCAACCUCAAUUGUUUCAAAGCAGUAUGUUGCCUGUGAACAAAGUGUCUCAUCAAGAAAAGUGGCUCUUCUGAUAGCAGCCUUGUCCUGUGCCAUUCGGGCAACAAGUGCUGUAACAUGGCUAUAUGUUGGUCUUUUGGAUUUUAUUCAGAUGAAAUCAAAAUUUCGUUUUGUCCUUCUUGAUGUCAUUCCAGUAGGGGCCAUUGUCCUUGCAGUAACAACACUCCUUGAUUGGUGGAUGUAUGGUUCCUGGGUCAUAGUGCCACUUAAUUUUUUGAAAUUCAACCUCUUCUCUUCGGGAGGAGACUACUAUGGAACACAUGUCUUCCACUGGUACUUUACACAGGGUUUUCCAUCCAUGAUUUGGACAUUCUUACCAUUUGCAAUGUGUGGUAUUGUAAAGUCUCGUGAAUGGAGACUUUCAGGUCUAAUUGCUUGGGUAUUAGGGGUUUACAGCAUACUUGGACACAAAGAAUUCAGAUUUGUUCUUGCGGUGCUACCUUUAGCAUUGAUGUUCUCAGGUCACUGCUUAGCUGCCAUGUCAGAAUUCAAGGGCAAAAAUCAGCAUGGGAAAAGAAGCCUUUCAAGGUUGCAACUUUCUGUUAUUUUUCUCGUCAUAACCAAUGUUCCCAUGGCCUUAUAUAUGUCCUUAUUCCAUCAAAGGGGAACAGAAGACGUUAUGUAUUAUUUGUCAAAAGAAGCCCAUGAUGGAAGAGUGAAGAGUGUCCUCUUUCUCAUGCCUUGUCAUUCAACACCUUACUACUCAACCUUGCAUUACAAUCUACCUAUGCGCUUUUUGGACUGCACUCCUAGUGAUAACAAAGGGACCCUGGAUGAGUCGGAUCGUUUCCUUACAAGCCCAUCUGAGUUUGUGGGCGAGGUUUUUGGAAAUUUAUCAACAUUCAGUCACAUUGUAUUAUUUGAGUCCGAAGAAAGACAUGUUCUUCAGUUGCUUCUGCACAAUUCCUUUUUUGAGGUGAGGAGAUUUUUCCACUCCCAUUUCAAGGUUGACAGAGACCUUCAGUCGUCUGUCGUGGUUUAUUCACGGAGGGAUGUGUUAUGA